GCACUGGAUAUCACGAACAAGCGACAGAUCUGUCAUUGUCUAGUUAUUCACGCUCCUCCACGCGUCCUUCCAGCGCACUUCUUGCUAACCAAUGUCGUCUGGGCAGCUCUCUCGACUCGACGCCUCGUCAUGGAUGAACAACCCAGCUCAAAGCAGAUUGCAGCAGCGCGACUAGUUGGAAGGUUGUUUGGCAAGAAACAGGAGAGGAAGGGAAACCAGGACGAAUAUGUAGCUUCAUUCCUACAGCGACCCUCCUCGGACACGUUGCGCAUGACUGGAGCCGAUCCAAACCAGAAUGCGACACCGAAACUCGCAAAGCUUGAUACCCUUGGCGCACGGCGCUGGCCUACAGCAUCUGAGGUUAUCCGGUCAAGAGAUUCGUCGCAAGCCCCUCCAGAACACAGACCGUCUAGACCAAGCCGCAAGGGACUCGUGGUUCGCUUCACCGACAAGUAUCCUGAAAUAAUCGGAGAAGGCGGUGACGAGGCGGAGGCUCCAACUGCACACAUAUCUGCUUCAAAGAAACGAGCACAAUCAUAUCCUCAGGCUGGUGCUGGGCAACCUCCGCCAGGAUAUCGGCCAAAUGGAGGCAACGAUGGGCAGAACGACCAGGAACGAUCAAAUCAACCGCCGAGGGAUCCAAGGUCGCAACCAGCAUCCCAAGCGCCUGCGGGCCAGCCUUGGCCACCAAACGCCCCAAGAUUACAACCAAGUGCUUCGCAAAGAAGGGCCGACGUACCAGGUAAUUACGGCGCACCGGCGGCUGGUAUCAGUGCGGCCAGUGACCCAGACCAUGGAGCUCUCGUGGCAAGGAUGCAGAAAGAGAUGAAGAUCAGUGAAGGACAAGCUCUCAUUGCCGACCAGCAAAACCCUCGGUCUUCUGUUCAGAGAGGGCCAGUAUCUCGUGGCAGCAACACCCCGUUGGAAUCAUUUUCCUCCCAAGUCGCCGACGCUUUCAAUGGACAGCCGAAAUCGCCUGGUACGGAUGUUAGCUCAAACUCGCCUCCGCCUAGUUACCAUAGCGAUAGUGCCGCCAGAAGCCCAAGGUCAAAUGGUGGUCCAACGCAAAAUAUCUCUCCUGUUAAUGCAGAACCUCAUUCAAUGGCAAGGCUGGUAGCCAAUCUACCAACGCCGUCGCCAGUAAAUAACGAGUCGCUGGAUGAAUUCGCCGGCCGGAUCGGCUACUUGUAUAAGUUAUUUGAGUUAUCAGCAGAAUCUAAGGAGUCCCUGUCCGCAUCAUCAUUCGAAAAUCUAUUAAGGGCAGCUUCGUGGUGGUUUUUGAGGGGCAGGAGUACUAUAGAGCAAGUUGCCAAACGCCGUGCACCAAAUUCGGAAAGGCUUGAUAUCCUACAGCAGCAAGGCAAUGCUGACUUGGCAAAAUGUCAGUGGAUACUCAGCGAAAUAUUGGCACACCGACCUGAGAUUGGAGACAGGUCUUCUGAAGAGAUCACAGCCCUUGAAAGGACGGCUCUAGCCAGUGGGCAAGAUGAUGUCGCCAGACUCCUCGAACGAUAUCAGGCUUUAUUCUCAAAUCUUCGAAAGUUGACUGGAUCUAUGAAGAAGAACAAUAUCAUGCCUCCGCAUAGUAACGACGCCAUUCUUACACAAGGGCUCAAUACAGGAAUCUGGGUCGACUACCCCUGGCAAGACCCCUCAAUUCAGACACUUUUCUCUGGGAUCCCCCUAUCCUCAAUACUAUCACCGAAAGGGCCAGACAGCAUUUCGUCAACGGAGGCACUGCCGCUGGGAGACACCGAAAAUAUGUUUACCUACAGCCGAAUACACGUUGGCGUUUGCCUCACACGAGACGGACAUGAACCUAUACGGCAGCCGUUGCCGUGCAUCCUUUCAGUUCAGCGUGAACGUAACGACAAACUUAUCACCGCCGUGAUCUCCAGUCAGGAUGGAGUUAUCUCCAUUGCCAUCCAGCCUAGGAAUGGCAGCUCUCCCACGUGGCAGGACGUAGCAUGGGACACCAAGAGAGACAUGAUAGACGUUAAGCUCGGAAAGCUCUUUAGGGCGCGUGUUUUAUUUGCACCUGGGGACUUACCCACGUUGUGGAAUAUGUAUGAAUAUACAAGCAAGGUCCAGACAAGCUUCCUCGCCCAUAGCGAUGAAGUUCUUGUUAUGGAAACAACCGUCCGAUCAGCACACUAUGCGACAAAGGAGCCGACUGAUCAGAUCUUCCCCAAGGAUGCAGCGCUACAUUGCAAAGUAAGGGUGUUUGAGAAGGUGAUCGUAGAGAAAUCGAUUACCGGGCCUCAUACUCGGCACCGUGGUGUCCGUCUAGCUGUGGCCACAGGGCCGAACACAAAGUCGCUGUGCGGCAUUACUCACGACCUCCCCACCCAAAGGCCCAUCCGGUAUGAGCACACGCGGGUCGACUACGGUGCCUCGCUCUAUCUAUAUUUUGGAGAUGGACCUGCUGCGACUAUAGGUCUAACGUUUGAAACAAACCAAGACCGCUUCGCAUUCCACAACACCAUCAUCGGCGGCCAGCGACCAAACGAGUCGACUGCCGCAGUCCUACCCCUAAAGAGUUUCUCCUUAACCCGAUCCGCAGAAAGCCAGUCCACGGUCGUCCCCCGCAUGGUCCUAGACAGCUUCGAAUGGAGCUCCCUCCAAGUCAUCAUCCACAACAAAGGCUCCGACUUCAACUCCACCGCCGUCCAAAGCGCCGGCCACCUCCGCAUCAUCGCCGAAUCCUCAAACAAAGACCGCAUCACCGACCGCCUCGUCCUCGCCCCCGGCGAGCUCAAAAUCCGCAUCAACACUAAGGGCCUGCACCCGCGCCUCAGCAUCCUCCGCUCCGAACAACACGACCUCACCAUCUCGUGCACCGAAUCCCAAACUCCCGCCGAGGUGCGGCAACGGCUAGCGCAGCUCCUCGUCCUCGUUGCGAAGGUGCCGACGGCUCGCCACUAUAGCUUCACUACCCACGAUGACAUGCACGAGUUCCAGCGCGCCAUCACGGGCUUCUCGGUCCUCUUCUCGGGCACAGCGGCUACCUUCGCCAUCUCGCGGCGCCGCAUGGUCGUGCCCAUCCACAAGAAAUGGGAGACGCAAGCAGCGUGCGUGCAGCUCCUCGAGAGCGACGGGGUCGUGCAGCUCGUUGCGUUCUUUGAGGGAUUCAGUCACGGUGAGAGCAUGAAUUUCGUGCUCAAGCCAACGGAUUCCUUCGAGUCGUUUAGCAAGAGUGGGAACUACGGCGUUAAGCUCGCGGAUGCGAAAUUCGUCCUGCCGGUCCAGGAUGAGGCGGGUAUGGGCGCGGAUAAUGGGUUUGUUUGUCUAGAUCAGCUUGAGUACCCCGUUGAGCACGAUGAUAUCAUCGUCACCUUCGAUAUCGAGGAUGAGCGCGACCGCUUCGCCAAAGCCCUCCCUUCCGAGACAAAACACGCGUUCCGCUUCGGGAGCACUAAGAGGCGCGGAGAGUGAGCCGGGUGGGGAAGUAGUAGUAGCCUCCCUCUAGAGUAGAGUGGGUGAGACAGGAGUGGGGUCAGGUGAGACAUCUGAGAUGCGCCGCUUGUCCAUCCAGGGGGGUGGGAUAUCACACAUGUGCUGGAAACUCACGGAUUCGAUUGUUUUUUGAGCAGAGGAGAGUAGAUGAGAGGGGUUUGAAUACUGUUGUUUGGCGCGGGAGCGUAGACGUUUUUCGCUGUUGCCAAUGGGGGGCGGG